UUGGCCGCCCUCGAGCGCGAGAAGAUCGAGAACGAGUACCGCGAGAUCCAGGAGACCAUCAGCCGACUCGAAGACCUCUUGGCGGAUCCCCGCAAGGUGGACGUGGUAGUCAAGAAGGAGACGCGUACUCUCAAGAACAAGAUCGACGGCGAGCGACGGACGCAAAUCAGCGACGCCUCCAUCGAUAUCAACCGCGACGACAUCGAGCCACACGAGCAGGUGGUCAUCACCUUCAGCAAGGGCGGGUACAUCAAGCGCAUCCCGGCCACGACGUUCCGCAACCAGCACCGGGGCGGCAAGGGUGUCUCGGGGAUGAACACGCGUGACAACGACCCGGUGCGUCAUAUACUCGUGGUCGAUACGCAUGACAUGCUGCUGUUCUUCACGAGCAGUGGGCGGGUUCUGCCGCUGAAGACCUACGAGCUUCGCCCGGAUACGUCGCGCAACACGCGAGGGGUUCCGGUAGUUAACGUGAUCCCGUUGAGCGGUGAGGAGCAAGUCGAGGCGAUUAUCGGCGUCAAGACCCUUGAUCAGCCUGACCUCUACCUCGUCAUGGCCACCCAGCAGGGGAGCGUAAAGCGGACGGCACUUAACGCGAUCACCAACAUCCGCCGCGCGGGUCUGAUCAUUUUCAACCUGCGAGAUAAGGACAUGCUCGUGACCGCGCGUCUCGCCCACGAGAGCGAUGACGUCAUGAUGGUAACGGAGCAGGGAAUGUCGAUACGGUUCCCCGUCCAGGACGUCAAGCCGCGAUUACGGGCUGCCGGCGGCGUGCGAGGCAUGAUGCUCUCAAAGCGAGACCGGAUCGUGUCGAUGGACAUGGUGAUUCCCGAUAGCAAGCUGCUCGUCAUCAGCAAGAACGGCUACGGUAAACUCACCUAUCUCAAGAGUUACCCGUCGCAGGGCCGCAGUGGGUUGGGUGUCAAGACAAUGUCCGUCACGAAACGGACGGGCAAAGUCGCGGCAGCCGAAGUCAUCGCCGACAGUGACGAGGUCUACGUCGUGUCGGAGCAGGCCCAGGUGAUCCGCACAAACCUCUCCGAGAUUCGCAGCACCGGACGCGCGACCCAGGGCGUGCGCAUCUUCAACCCGAAGGAGGGCGAUGCCGUGGCGUCGAUCUCCUGUGUCGGUGAGUUCGAGGUGCCGGAAGAGAAGGUCGUUCAGGUCACGCCAACCGUUCCUCCGGCUCCGCCGGCUCCCUGA